CAAUAUCUUGGAAGAAAAAGAAUGUUAAGAAAUAACAAAACAAUAAUUCUUAAGUACUUUCUUAAUCUCAUUAAUGGAGCUUUCAUGGUUCUUGGACUUUUAUUCAUGGGAUUUGGUGCAUGGCUUUUAUUAGAUAGAAAUAAUUUUUUAACAGCUUUUGAUGAAAAUAAUCACUUCAUAGUAUCUAUUUCUCAAAUUUUGAUUGGAAUGGGGUCUUCUACUGUUCUUUUUUGUCUAUUGGGUUAUAUAGGAAUUCACAACGAAAUCAGAUGGCUUCUAAUUGUGUAUGCAGUAUUGAUAACAUGGGUCAUUGGUGUUCAGGUUGUACUUUCAGCAUUCAUCUUCACAAAGAAAGAGGAGGUUCAGCAACUAUGGCAUGACGAAAUUGAUUCUGUCAUUUCUGAGUAUGGAUCUAAAGAUAAGCCUGAAGAUAUAACCAAGUGGACUAUUCUGAACGCUUUACAGAAAACAUUACAGUGUUGUGGCCAACAUAAUUACACAGACUGGAUAAAGAAUAAGAACAAAGAAAAUUCAGGACAGGUGCCAUGUUCUUGCACAAAGUCUACUUUAAGAAAAUGGUUUUGUGAUGAGCCAUUGAAUGCAACUUACCUCGAGGGUUGUGAAAAUAAAAUCAGUACAUGGUAUAAUGUUAAUGCGUUAACCUUAAUUGGAAUUAACUUUGGACUUUUAACUUCAGAGGUUUUCCAAGUCUCAUUAACAGUUUGUUUCUUCAGACACAUCAAGAAUAUAAUCCAUGCAGAAACAUGACCUUUGGAUUUCAAUUUGUUCAGAAGAAACAACCAGUUAAUUCUUAAAAUAAUCACAUUAUAUUAUUUUAUUCCAAAAGUGUUUUGAAUUUUAUUAAAUAACAGAUCUAUUCAAAUUAUUGAUUAUAUAAUACCGAAUUACUGAUUAUAAUAAAACAUUCAUGAAAUUAU